GUAGAUUUUGGUCGUUAGGGGGCAGUGUAAGAGCAGCACUAAAUGUAGUGCUUCCGGUUCCGUACUUCCUCUUUUGCUCUGCAUUGGGACGCAAACAUGGUGAACGUCCCGAAGACCCGCAGGACCUACUGCAAGAAGUGCAAGAAGCACCAACCACACAAGGUUACCCAGUACAAGAAGGGCAAGGAUUCCCUCUAUGCUCAGGGAAAGAGAAGAUAUGACAGGAAGCAGAGCGGCUACGGUGGUCAGACCAAGCCGAUUUUCCGUAAAAAGGCGAAGACAACAAAAAAAAUUGUGCUGAGGCUCGAGUGCAUGGAGGCCAACUGCCGUUCCAAGAGGAUGCUGGCCAUAAAGAGAUGCAAGCACUUUGAGUUGGGCGGUGACAAGAAGAGAAAGGGCCAGGUCAUCCAGUUCUAAGCUGUGGGCCACUCUUCUGGGUCAAGUCGUCACAAUUUUCAAUAAAUGUGUUCAAAUUUA